AUAGAUUCUCGAUUUAUAAUCAUAAUCUGGCUCAGAAUAUCAGUACCACUGAUUCAGUGUAUCAUAAAUUAUUAAUAUUUACUAUGAUCAUCAUAGGAUCUAACAAUGGUAAAUUAUCAAUCAGCUGGUUAGAAGCUUGGAAAAGGCUUUUUUUGCUCACAUGUUUUGUCCAAAGACCAAUUUGUUAAUAAAAUGACCUGGUGAUUGUCGCUCAGUUUAAAUAUUUUUUUGGCCAUAAACAAAACUAAAUAUUUGCUCAUCGACUCAACUUCAAUUCAAGCGAUAGUUUCUAUCCAAAUCCUAUAGAAUUUUGUUCUUUUUAGCUCAAGCAGUUUGAUAAAAGGAUAUUUCUGUUUUUCAAGUUAUUUGUCCUACAGUCUCAGUUUUAAAGUGAUUCACAACGGGGUGACUGGAUUUGACCAAGUUCAUAAUCUCAUUGGUAUCUAUCCUGUUUUAUUAAUUCAGCCUUUUCUCCGGUCAGAUAUGUCUAGGAAAAACGAAAAUUUGAUUGAAGAAGGCUGGCGCGAAGAAAGACCGGAAACCAAUGAUUCUACAUCAGUCACUUAUAAUCCGAAUCGAGGAAUACCGAUUGACCAACAAAGAUUUCGAUUACCAAUCUAUGAAUACAAAGAUCAUAUUCUCUAUUUGAUAGAGAAAAAUCAAGUUUUAAUCGUCCGAGGAGAAACUGGAUGUGGCAAAAGUACUCAGAUAGGUCAAUAUUUAGUUGAUGCAGGCUGGGCAAAAGGAAAUGAUUCCCCUCUGGUCGUAGGAAUUACUCAGCCUAGACGAGUUGCUGCAACAUCUUUAGCCAAGCGAGUAGCCGAAGAGAGAGGAUGUCACUUGGGGAAAGAAGUUGGUUAUAGCAUACGAUUCGAUGACUGUUAUGAACCUGGUACUACGCACAUUAAAUAUCUAACCGAAGGGAUUUUGAUUCGCGAAAUGAUGAGUGAUCCAUUAUUACAGAGCUAUUCGGUUGUUAUGGUGGAUGAAAUACAUGAAAGAACUUUACAGACUGAUGUGCUUCUUGGUUUGAUGAAAAAAAUACUCCGUAAAAGACCAGAAUUUCGUUUGAUUGUUGCAUCCGCGACAGUGGAAGUUGAGACAAUGGAAAAUUAUUUCACUGAAGAUGGCCUCAAAACAACCAAUAUAUCAAUAGAAGGGAGAACUUUUCCAGUAGAAAUAUUUUAUUCUAACGAACCAGUAGCUGAUUAUCUGAAAGCUUCUGUUGAUGCUGUUAUCAAAAUUCACGAAACUCUUAGUCUUGGAGAUGUUCUGGUAUUCUUGACUGGCCAAGAAGAGGUAGAAAAGGCUUGUGAAACUCUAUUGGAUUAUGCUAGAGGAAUAAAAGACAAUCCCGAUCACAGGAAAAUGUUUGUUUUGCCCAUGUACUCAUCAUUACCAUCACAAGAGCAACUCAAAGUAUUUGAUGUGUUUCCUCGAUCCGUACGAAAAGUUGUUGUCGCUACCAAUGUAGCUGAAGCUUCAAUCACCAUAAACGGAAUUGUUUACGUCGUAGACAGUGGUUUUGUAAAAUUACGAUACUACAAUCCAAAGACUUGUACUGACUCUUUAGUCGUUGUUCCCAUUUCUCAAGCAUCAGCCGCUCAAAGGGCCGGGCGAGCUGGUCGAACUAAACCUGGCUCUGCUUACCGUUUGUACACUGAAAAUGAUUUCAAAAACUUGGAGCCAUUCACAUGUCCGGAGAUACGAAGAUCCAGUUUGGCUCCCGUGAUUCUUCAAUUGAAAGCUCUUGGUGUCAAUAAUAUUCUUAAAUUCAGUUUUCCCAGUAAACCUCCCGAGUAUAAUAUUAUUACCGGCCUCGAACUCCUUUAUGCCUUGGGAGGUCUCGAUGACAAUAGCCAUCUAACAGACCCUCUUGGCCUACAAAUGGUUGAAUUUCCACUAGAGCCCAUGUUCGCUAAGAUGCUCCUCAUCUCUGGAGAAAUGGGUUGCUCCGAAGAAGCUCUAACCAUUGCCGCUAUGACACAAGUACAAAAUGUUUUUGUUCAGCCAUCGUCUGGACAACGUUCGAUUGCUGCUCGAAACUGUAAACACUCAUUUGCUGUGGAAGAAGGUGAUCUGAUUACUUAUUUAAAUGUUUACAAUGCUUUCAUUAAAGCUGGUAAAGUGAGAAGCUGGGCUGACUCGAAAUAUCUAAAUUAUAAAGGACUUUUAAGAGCAGUGGAAGUCCGAGCAAGAUUACUCAGGUUGCUAAGACGUUUUGGUAUUCCAAUAGUUUCAGCUGAAGGAGAUGUUGACUUGGUUAGAAGAUGCGUUGUUACUGGUUUCUUUGCGAAUGCUGCCUAUUAUCAUCCAUCUGGAGCUUACAAAACUGUCAAAGGUGAC